AUGGCUAUCGAGGAUAAAAAGUUGGCAAUAAAAAGACAAUUUUUGAGAUAUAUUCAUCCAUUAAAAUCUAUCACCAAUGAUUUGGAUCAAAAAGAAUGUUGGAUAGAGCAGAUGAAGUAUUUGGUUUUAGACUUAAAAACUCUUCUCAAUUUAUCAUUUAAAGAAUUUUGGUCUACAGUUGUUUUUAACAAACAAGCUACUAUGGGGUUAUGUACAUUUCUUCAAGAAGCUGCUCCUCCUCACCUAAUGGAUCAACUUCCACAGGAUGACAACGUGUUAAUCAUUUACAAUGAAAUUUAUCAUUUUGCAUUUAAAUUAUUAGAACGGCUAACAACAUCAUCUGAAGAUGAAGAGAAUUAUAUUUCACCUCAUUAUAUGUGGAGCUUGUUAUGUAAUAACAAUAUCAUAAGUAUUACUAUGUUGUUUGAUAUAUGUUCUAUUUAUGGCCAAUCAUACAAAGAACAGUUAGAAAUAAUUUUCAAAGAAUUGUUUACUUGUCAAAAAGUAUAUGAAAAAAAUUUAAAAAUUUUUAUUAAAAUUACAGUUAAAUGUUUAAAUCAGUUUCAAGAUAAAAUCAAAUUAGAUAUUGAAUAUGAUAAUGACAAAAUGUGUCAAAGAAAUGAAACUUCUACAGACGUUGAAGAAAUAUAUCUUUGUAUGUUUGAAGAUAUUAUUAAUUUUUUAUUAGACACAUCUUGUAGUAUUUCAAAUUUCUUGGAAAUUUAUCCAGAGGCUGCUAUUUUUUUUUAUCAAGAGAAAUUGCAUCUUAAAAUAGCUUCUUUCUACCAUAAUGUAAAACCUCUAAUUUAUAAUAAAAUAAUUACUAUGAAAAAGUUAGAAAAAUUCCAAGAAAAGCUACAUGCAUCAAGAUUAUUACUUAUGAAGAGUGUUCGGCAGUGUUUAAUUCAUAUAACUACCCAAAUUACUAAUAAAUCAGAGAAUGCAGUAGAAGAAUAUUUAGAAAUUAUCAGUGAGCUAUUAAUAUACGAUGAAUUUGUCAAUGACUAUAAUUUUGUAUAUAAUUUAAUUGAUGAUAUAAAAGAAUGUCAAAAAUUUAACAAAAAAAUAGACUCAAUAAGAUAUGAUUAUUUAUUAAAAUCAUUAGAAUUAAUUAAUAGACCAUAUGCUGAACACAAACAAAAAGAAUUACAAUUAGAGCUACAAACCAAUAUUACAAACAUGGAAAAUGCAAAAUUGUUGUCUCUUAUAAAUAAUGUAAAAGAUUUAUUGCCCUAUUUAGAAGAUGGAUUUAUUCAGAAAUGUUUAAAAUAUUAUAAUAUGGAUUCUGAAAAAGUUAUAAAUAUGUUCUUGGAAGAUGGUCUUCCGUUAGAACUUACUCAAUAUAAUUCAAAUCUUUCUUUGAUGUCAGAGUAUGAGGAUAAUGCUACUGGUUAUGAUCCUUCAAUUAAAGGUAAUAAGGAACUUAAAAAACUCAAGUCAGUCUUAGACGAUAAAUCGUUCCGAAAUGAAAUGCGACCAUUUUAUGAAAAAUAUAAUUUAACUGAAAUUACAUGUGCUGAAUUAGAAUCAUAUUACAAUGAUGAACAUAAUGACACUUUUAAUGAAAUUGAGUAUGCUUUACCAGAACCAAAAGACAAAAAUAAAAAGAUAAGACCAGAUGUUACACCAAGGGUUUUAAUUCAGAAAACAGCUGUAACUAAAUGUAUACAAGAAGAAUCUUCAGAUGAUGAAUCACAGCAAGUAUUAAAUUUUCAACCAUUCUGUGAAAAUCCUGAAGAAAUUCGAGAACGUCAAGCUAGAAAAUAUGCUGCGAAACAAUCUAAUAAAUCCAAUCGAAGUAAACCAAAAGUAGUUUCCUCGUCAACUACCCCAUCUAAGUCAAAUGUUGAAUUGAACAGACAGAGAAAAAAUAAAAACAAAGCAUUCAGUGGGAACCAUAACAGAAGAAAUGCUGCAAGAAGCAAACAACAAAAAGGAAUGUUUUGA